AUUAUUCAUAAUUAUUAUAAAUUUUAAUUUAUACUUUAAUGUUAUUAUAUGAAGAGAUCAAUUAAACACGCUGGACCUAAAUGGAAGAAGGUCAAGCAGGAGUCUGGUAAAUUGACUCCUGGAUCAAGAGGCAUAUUGAUAUCAAGUUCUAUUACUGGAAAACAUAAAGAUGCUAUGCAAGAAAUUUUAUAUAUUCUUAGACAGCAUUCGGAGAGAUUCUACCCCGACGUUUCAACUUGUUCAAGAGAUGUCGAUCAUGUGGAUAAAGAAAUGUUAUUAAAAUCGGAACUGGAGGAUCUAAACCAGGAAUUCAAUAGAUUUGUACCAGGUCCUUGCAUUUCAAAGGGGCUAAAUUAUGUGUAUUUUAAGAAACUAGAGGAUACUCCUUCCAAAUACGUCAGUGAAAUAUUCAAAGAAAUUAAAAAUAACAAGAGUUAUUCAGCCAGAUUUCUAUCAAGAAUUGUUCCUGUGGAUUAUAUUUGUGAAGCAAAAGAGGAAGAUCUGAGGUGUACCCUCAAAUCUUUAAUUUCAAAAGAGUUUCCACUUAGUCUGGCAAAUUCUGACAAAGAAGGUUCAUUAAAAGAAUCUUCUAUGACUGAAGAUAAAAUAAAUAAUAAAUCGGAAAAUAAAGAAAAUAAUAAUAGUAGCAAAAUUUUGGAAGAAUCAGAUAAAGGGGAAUCAGUGGUGACCUGGGCUUUAGAAUUUAAACGUACAAACUCAAACGCUCUUGGAAGGCAACAGGUUUUAGAUGUAGUUAAUGAAUUAAUGGGAAAAGAAUAUAAAGUUGAUCUUAAAAGGCCAGAAAAAUUAAUAAUUGUCUACGUGAUAAAGGCCCUUUGUGCCGUUUCUGUAAUUUCUGAAUACUCCCAAAUCGCACAUUUUAAAUUAAAUGUUUCUAUUGAACGUUAG